CCCAGGUUUUGGCCGCCCUUAAGCCAGUAAUUAUCUAGGGCAUCUUCGGUGAAUAAUUCAGGAUUCUUUGAGACAGCCAACUCAGCUUGGCGGACUAUGUCCGCUUUUGAGGGACCUUGUGACCUCUGCGCCGCAAGCGAAUGCUCACGCAAGCUCGUGCAAAGUUCAUUGUCCCGAUCAGGGUAUGGACCCAACUUUAUCACCUGGUCUAAGAUGAGCCCUUUCCCACCAGAUAUCUUCUGCGAGUUUUUACAGUGAACCAAAGAAGGGGCUGC